AUGCACAAGCUCGUAUGCGCUGCCUUGCUUCUGCUCCUCUCCCUCUCGCGGUCCAAGCCGGUGAUCUCUUCCCCCUCCGGCGCCCCUCGCUACCAGUCCAUCUUCAGCUUCGGCGACUCCUUCGCAGACACGGGCAACAACCCCGUCGUCUUCGGAUGGUACUCUGUCUUCGACCCCGUCACGCGGCCUCCCUACGGCACCACCUUCUUCGGCCGCCCCACCGGCCGCAACGGCGACGGUCGGCUCAUCAUCGACUUCAUUGCUGAAAACCUGGGCCUGCCGUAUGUGCCGCCCACCUUGGCGCACAACAGCAGCUUCCGCCGAGGUGCCAACUUCGCCGUUGGAGCCGCCACCGCCCUAGAUGCCGGUUUCUUCCACGAGAGGGACAUCCCCAGUGGCUCCAGCAAGUUCCCCCUCAACACCAGCCUAGGCGUGCAGCUGGAGUGGUUUGAGUCCAUGAAGCCUACAUUGUGCCGCACACCUCGAGAGUGCAAGAAAUUCUUGGGCAGAUCCCUCUUCUUGGUGGGCGAGUUCGGAGUCAACGACUAUCACUUCUCUUUCCAACGGAAAACGGUGCACGAAGUCAGAUCCUUCGUUCCAGAUGUUAUCGCUACCAUCUCCAUCGCCAUCGAGAGGCUGAUCAAGCAUGGAGCAAGAAGCCUGCUGGUUCCCGGCGUGAUCCCGUCCGGAUGCUCGCCGCCCAUCCUGACCAAGUUUGCCAGCGCCCCACCGUCAGCAUACAACUCCAAAACCGGCUGUCUGACAGCGCACAACGAGCUGGGGCUGUACCACAACGCUCUGCUGCAGGCGGCUCUCACCAAGCUCCGGGCCAAGCACCGCAACGUCAAGAUCAUCUACGCCGAUUUCUUCGGCCCGAUCAUGGAGAUGGUGGAGUCACCGCACAAGUUCGGUUUUGAAGAGGACGUGCUUAUAGUGUGCUGUGGAGGGCCCGGAAGGUACGGAAUGAGCUCGACUGUUCCAUGCGGCGAUGCAGCCGCGACGACGUGCCGGGAUCCGUCUGCUCGGCUGUACUGGGACGGCGUCCACCUGACGGAGGCGGCUAACCGGCAUGUCGCCAAUGCCUGGCUGGGCGAGAUCAACGCGUCCACAGGAGUCAGCCGCAAGCAGGGUGCAAAGGAGCCAUGUCGACUGGGUCGUCACAGAAUAUAG